AAUGCAGAUACAGGUAAAAUGCAGUUGCGGAGAGGGGAAAUGCCCAGAAUGGGCUGUUCUAGAGCUUCAAGGUGUUGUUGAAGCUCAACCCUCCUUCAAAGAUAAACUCCAAAAUCUCCAAAUUGGCACUCUUUGUCGCCCCACUUCCCAGGAAACUUAUACAUUUACGGUUGGAUAUCAUGAGUUGACUGGAACCAAGGUGCCCCUGAAAAAGCCCAUGUUAGUAUUGAAGAAAAUCAAAUUUGCCAUUGAAGAAGAGAAGGGUGAUGUCAAUUCAUCAAGGGUGGAAUUGGACGUUAUUGGAGUAAUUCGUCAACGGAUUCUUUUUAAAACCAGACCCAAGGCGCUCAUAUCAAAGCCUCAACCUACUGGGAAGGAAAAAGUCAGCGCGGCAGUGUCCUCUAUGUCCAAUUGAAUCGUAUCGUGCAUGUAAUUUUGUCAAGCUCCAAGGUAGAGGCGUUGAUUGUUCUGUUCUUCUAGGUGAAGGGUCGAAUGCUAGUGUUGCAAAAUAACUCCAUUGUAUAUCACCCUCUAAUUUCCUUGAUCGGCUGAAAUACUGUGUGACCUGGAACUUUUACAGUGCAAGUAAUUUGAUAUAAAGACUAAUGUCAUCCUUAGAUUAUAAUA